AUGACCACUGUAUCGGUCGCCGUCGUCUCAUCAUUUGUAGCUCCUCCGCUUCGUUGCCCAUUCUCUCGUCAUCAUCUGAGUCGAACCAAUCUCUCUCUUCAAAUUCCUAAAUCCGGCUUCCGGAGGAAGCAGAUAAGGUUUGCUGUUUCCGCGACGGCGGCGGCAGCUUCGGAAUUGCCAUCGGAAGCGACGUAUGAUCCGGAGCUCCGUUUGGUUUUCGAGCUCGCCACCGAUUCUGAAUUGUAUGAGCUUGAGAACAUCCUCUUUGGUCCCAGCUACUUCAGUCCUCUGCUGAAAUCAAUCCCAAACAAAGGAGGAGGUGAUAAGCUAAUGAUAGGCCAAGACAUUGGAGUGAGAGAUGGUUUCAUCGAAUCUCUUGAAUCCAGAUUCUUGUUUCUCGCUGCAGAUGCUCGCUCAACGCUAAGGGGUUGGAGGCCUUCGUAUAGAAACGUUUUACUUGCGGUGAGAAACAAGUUGAAUGUUCCCUGCUCCACCCAAUUGCCAACGGAAGACCUAGAAGCAGAGAUCUUUCUUUAUCUUGUCGACAAUUUCUCGAGUGAAGCAUCAGGGACUUUUCCAGGCUUGUGGGAAACUUCUGAAGUAUCAGAGGCAAAUGGAAGCUUAGAACUCGGGCUUGAUAAAUGGAAAGUGGAACUACUUGCUGCAUUACAAGUGGGUGCUACAGAGGUCCAAUCUAUGAUUCUCAAGGGUGGUGGCAUGAUCACAUUUGCAAAGGCUUAUCAGUUGUUGGCUAAGAAACUAUCGGGUAAAGUAUUUCUUGAAGCUGCUAAUUACCAGAUGAGGAGAGAGCUGCUUAAAAAGGGUGGACAAAUAGCCGCCAUUAACUUGGAAUCUCGAGCAGCUCUGUUAGCAGCAAAGCAUGGAUUUGCAGGAGCUGCAUCAAGAUACCUUGGCUUAAGAACAGCGAUGCAAUUACUCGGCCCCAUGAUGUGGGGGACAUUACUGGCUGAUCUGGUUAUUCAGAUGCUUGAGACAGACUACGCCAGAAUCUUAAGAGCAAUUUACGCGUUUGCACAGAUUCGGAUCACCAGGACAUAUAGGUUACCUUGUAAAUGA